AAGGCGGGCCACGACAAUCCCGCUUUCAACUCCCAAAGCCCUUUCUUGCUUGUAAACAUGACCGUGCGCCUUGAUCUUCUGCGGUCUGUUUAGACUUCGUAACGGCUGUCCAGUUGCGCCGCGCCUGUUUGUCCAAAGGCAUUGCUGGCUCCGGUCGAUGUUGCUGCCUGACCCUACGGAUCAAUAUGAUUGGACAUGGACACUCCAUGGCACUUCGAGCUUGCGCCUCGACGCAGUUGAGAGAAUCAACAACUCAACUGCUCGCACCAGGCAUUUGACCUUUGUCCACCAGAAGCGAUCGGUAUCAAACACUCUUCACCUACCGCCGUCGAACAAGAAAGGCCGGAAGUAGCCUCCACUUGGGAGCAACCGCGCCAACGUUUGUCGAGCCACAGCAUCAGCGGUGCGGGGAACUUCUACGAUUCUCGGGAUUGACCGUGCAAACCCCGCUGCCAGUACCUAGCCAUGCCUUCUGUCAAUCUCAGCCAGGCCAUGCAUUUGAUCGGAUGGACCACUGCUCUUAGUCUCUUAGCUGGUGCGAUUGCCUUUGGCCUGUGGUUCUAUCCCACGUUCGCGCGUUCCAAGCCCGCACCGUCGUCUCAGACCAGGGACAGCUCAGGCCCCGCACGAUCCACGCGACAAGACGUCCACCUCUGUCAAGUUAACCCUGCCAAGAACGAGACAGACACCGACAUCGACAUCAUUGCCAUUCAUGGCCUUGACACAAAGUCGCCGGACACGUGGACAUGGGCAGACCCCAACGAUCCCAACAACACCGUUAACUGGCUGGCCGACCCGCGAAUGCUCCCGAGUCAAGUGGAAGCAGCUCGCAUCUUCACAUGCGACUGGCCUGCCGAUCUGCUUCAGCCGUCAGACUUGGUCCAGAAAACGGACGACGAGAUCGCUUUGCUCCUAUUCGAAGGAAUCAAGAGAGAUCUCUUGAGAACGCAUGAUAAAAAGAAAGUAGACCGGCCGAUUCUCUUCAUCGCUUCCUGCCUUGGGGGAAUCAUCUUGGCAAAGGCUCUUGUGGGCGCCGAUUAUAAAUCCAGCAGCUAUUAUAGUCUACGGACAGCAACACGUGGGAUUAUCUUCCUCGCCACCCCGUUUGGAGGGACUUCGUUCGAAGACGUAACUAUCUGGGCAGAUCCAGGUCUGACCGUAUGGGCUCUGAUACGUCGCCGAGAAGUGAGUAACCUGAUCGGCUGGGUGAAGGGAUCGACCUUCCCUCUUGAGGCACUAGUUCGGAGGUUCACGCGGCUAUGUCAAGAUAAUCACAACCCCUGCCAUGUGUUCUGCUUUUACGAACUUGGAAAAACGAAUCUCUGGCGCAAGGUAUUUCCUUGGCUGCCAGCCUCACUCCCUGGAUGGAAGCAGCUGGUCCACAUGAAGUCAGCAACCCUUCAAAUCGUCUUUGAACCGCUGCCGCUCAAUCGAACCCACCGCCUGAUGAACAAAUUCGACGGCCCUAAAUGUCCGGACUACAAACAAGUCUCUGGAAAGAUUCAAGAGUUUCUCACGAAGAUAUGUAAUGGAACCCCCCUCGCACAGGCGGACGCCAGGAUUCGCAAUGUGCACUAUUCGCUGGAACGGCUCAAAAUUGAACGACUGUCGGGCGACCUGCUGCCGAUGGACAGAUGCUACAUCAAUCUGGCCAUUGUCGAGUGGCCUGGCGAUAAUGCAACUCGCGGAGGAAAAGGAGACACAGCACAACAGUCUUCCCCGUUUUCGCUCCUCGCCCGACUAAAUGUGGAGACACCGGACAAGACGAUCGAGGUCACGCUGCCGACACUGUUUGAGCCCCGCGAGUCACAGGACGGCCAGAAGAAACAACCAAGUCGCAUCCUGAUCCGUGGACGGGCAGGAGUGGGUAAGACUACUCUAUGCAAGAAGAUUGCCCAUGAUUUUAAAUACAACAACCUAUGGCAGGGCUUGUUUAGUCGCGUUCUUUGGGUACCACUGCGGAACCUGAAGGUGGAAAAGAGACAGAGUGCCGGAUACAACUUCCGGGAUUUGUUUUACCAUGAAUAUUUCUCUCAAGAUCUCGAAGGCCGCGAGCUCUCCGAAGCAUUGUGGCGCGCCUUGAAGGACACCAAGAGCGGCAGGACUUUGUUUAUCCUCGACGGUUUCGACGAAGUGUCACAAGGCCUAGGCGGCGACAUGUCCGUCUUCCUCGAAGAGCUCUUGAAUCAGCCAAAUGUCAUCAUCACUGCCCGGCCCAACGCACGGCUUCCUCCUCGGCUAGAUCCUCUUGACCUCGAGUUGGAAACCAUUGGAUUCUACCCGGACCAAAUCACGGCCUACAUUCAAAACACCUUUACCGAUCGAGACACGCGCGAACGCGAUUUGGAAAAGAUCAAAGAGGUUCAAUCGUUUCUGCAACGCCAUCCGCUCAUGCAAGGUCUAAUGCGUAUCCCGAUCCAGCUAGAUGCGUUUUGCUACACCUGGAAUGGUUUUCCUCGGGAAGGUGUGCCGGAGACCAUGACAGCUGUCUACAAAGCUAUCGAGGCGAGUCUGUGGAAAAAAGAUAUCUUGAAGCUACAGAAAAAGAAGGAUGGUGAGCCUCUAACGGGAGACCAGAUUAAGAAGGCUAGCCGGAAAAAGAUUGAAAGCUUCGUGGAGCAGGAGCUCAGAUUCCUUGAGUGCCUUGCCUUUUUGGGGUUCUAUGACGACGUGAUAGACUUCGAUUGGGAACUUCGAAACGCUGUUUCUGAUAGAUUUGCAUCAGAUCUCCUACUUGAUAAAGAUCUGCCUUGUCUCUCAUUCUUACGAACGUCGGACCCUUCAUCAAACGACCAAGAUCGAAAUUACCACUUCUUACACCUCACGUUUCAAGAGUAUUUUGCAGCACGGUAUUUCAUUCGACAGUGGAAAGAUAAACAACAGCUCAACUGUCUGCAACUCAGCCGUGACAAUUGUAACAAUAUGGAACCUGCCACUUUCCUUGAGAAGUACAAAUACGAUCCUCGCUACGAUAUCUUCUGGCGCUUUGUCGCAGGAUUACUCGAUGCCGAUGACAUGGCCCUCGACUUCUUCCAGAUGAUUGAGAAGGAACCACGCGAUCUCCUAGGACCUACGCACCAACGCCUUGUCAUGCAUUGCCUGAGCGAAGUUGAGCGGAAGGAGUCGAAUUUCACGGGACUUCGAGCGAGGCUAGAAAACCAACUAGAACAGUGGCUACUGUUUGAAUUCGAUUCUACGGGGAAUUCCAAACUAGUCCACGAAAUGGAGUGUCCGGGGCAUGUCCUGUGCAAUGUAUUAACGCAAGCAUCUGAAGGCGAAAGAACGGUUCUUCUCGAUUCAAUAUCUAGACGAACAGCAGUGCCGCUCAAUGUUAUAGAAGUCGUAUCUCCCUGGCUGACCAACCACACCUCUGCACGCCAAUGUGUUGCUAUCUUGCGUAUGAUAGGAAACCAGCAUAAUAACUUACCGGACAGGAUCCACCAAAGCAUCGCAGCACGGCUCGAGGAUAAGGACCGGCACGUCCGGGAGGAAACAAUGGAGGCGCUUCAAGGCCGCGUCGGCCUCCCCGAGCAGGUGCUCCAAAUCAUCGCAGCACUGCUCGAGCAUAAGAAAGGGGGCGUCCGGCGGGCAACAAUCAAGGCGCUUCAAGGCCGCGCCGACCUCCCCGACCAGGUACUCCAAAGUAUCGCAGCACGGCUCGAGGAUGAGAACGGGGGCGUCCGGUGGGUAGCAAUCGAGGCGCUUCGAGGACGCGCCGACCUCCCCGACCAGGUGCUCCAAAGCAUCGCAGCACGGCUCGAGGAUGAGGACAGGGGCGUCCGGGGGGCAGCAAUCGAGGCGCUUCAAGACCGCGCCGACCUCCCCGACCAGGUACUCCAAAGCAUCGCAGCACGGCUCGAGGAUGAGAACGGGGGCGUCCGGGAGGCAGCAAUCAAGGCACUUCGAGGCCGCGCCGAGCUCCCCGACAAGGUGCUCCAGAGCAUCGCAGCACGGCUCGAGGAUGAGGACGGGGGCGUCUGGGGCGUCCGGUGGGCAGCAAUCGAGGCGCUUCGAGGCCGCGCCGACCUCCCCGACCAGGUACUCCAAAGUAUCGCAGCACGGCUCGAGGAUGAGAACGGGGACGUCCGGUGGGCAGCAAUCGAGGCGCUUCGAGGCCGCACCGACCUCCCCGACCAGGUGCUCCAAAGCAUCGCAGCACGGCUCGAGGAUGAGAACGGGGGCGUCCGGGAGGCAGCAAUCAAAGCACUUCGAGGCCGCGCCGAGCUCCCCGACCAGGUGCUCCAGAGCAUCGCAGCACGGCUCGAGGAUGAGGACUGGCGCGUCCGGCGGGCAGCAAUUAAGGCGCUUCGAGACCGCACCGACCUCCCCGAUCAGGUACUCCAAAGCAUCGUAGCACGACUCGAGCAUGAGGACGGGGGCGUCCGGGAGGCAGCAAUCGAGGCGCUUCAAGACCGCGCCGACCUCCCCGACCAGGUACUCCAGAGCAUCGCAGCACGGCUCGAGGAUGAGAACGGUGGCAUCCGGUGGGCAGCAAUCGAGGCGCUUCUAUAUCAAUCAGCAUUAUCGUUAGAUGUCCUCAUCCCAUAUAUCCGAUCCUUUUACGAAGCUUUACUCAAGAAGAGCUUCAGGAAGCAUUUAUACUUGUACGCUUCGGAAAGAAGUUUUAUAGGGACUAAUCUUGGACAUAUCUCUUUAACUAGCGAGCAACAUAACGUCAAGGAGGUGGUGAGGAAGCUAGUAUUAGAGAAGGGCGCUACCAAUGUAAAUGAUGGACGCAGACGGCUGCCGUCCAUACUAGCUGCUGAGAACUGGGAGGAAGCGGUGGUGUAG